UUCAAAUGUUCUUCCUUUGAUUUGAGCUCUUCAGUGACCGCUCAAGGGACUCAAGAUGCUUCUCAUUAGAGCGGAGCUCCACCGAAAUCUGAGCAACAGACCUUCUUACUGCCUUGUACUGAUUCUCUCUGUCCUCAAGUUUUAGGUUGGUUUCUGUAAUCAACUCCUCAACGGAAUGCAGACAACGUUCUUUUUCAGCAAGCUCUACUUGUCUUCCCUGAAGGGAGAGUUGGGUUCUUUCUAGCUCCGUCUUAUAAUCCUUAAUUCUUUCACCCAGCAUAGCUAACUCUGCCUCCUUAAAACGCAGCUCCUCUUUAAGACCCCACAUCUGAUUACUAACACGAUUAUCAUGACCCAAGUGAACUUCAUCAUCAGAUCUUUGUUUCUUAGAAUUAAUUUCCUCCUCAUGGAUGACUUUUCGCUUUGGAGAAAUUUCAGAUGCUGUGUGACCAGCAGAACUUUCAAUCGUGGCAUGCAAAUGAUUUGGCUUACCAGAAUCACUCGAGGAACUACUUGUUUGGGCUUGGUUCACAUCUUUACUAGCAGCCAUAAGCUUCUCAGAAAUCUUAAUGUCAACACCCAUGCCUGCAAAUGCUAUGUGACCAGCGGAACUUUCAAUCGUGGCAAACAAAUGCUUUGGCUUAACAGAAUCACUCGAGGAACUAUUUGUUUGGGCUUGGUUCUCUCCUUCACUAGCAGUCAUAAGCUUCUCAGCAAUCUCAAUGUCAACACCCGUGCCUGCAGCUACCUUAGCACUUCUCUUGCUCAUAUCCCUGGGUGGUGCUCUACUUGGCUCAAUCUCAUCCCUGAAUGUAGUACUGCAACGUUUCUUACGAGAACCAAUGUUUUGCCUCAUCUGGAAUGAUGAACUCGAUCCAUUGAUAAAUGGUACUACUGCUGCCAAUCCACAUACAAUCCUCCGCUUUUCAGUCUCACUCUCACUCUUGCUUGGCCGAAAGAGAUCCCCAGAUGCCCUCGCAGGUUCCGGUUUAUAACCCAGAACCUUCUCUUCUUCCUGUCCAUCAACCUCGAAAAUGCAUCUAGGUAGUGAAGCAGGAUCAAGAUCAAAAGACCCGACAGGAACACCAUGUCUUUCCAGCCCAGUCAUUCUGCAGGAAGGAAUCUGAUGCGAAAAUCUGUACAUUUCAUCUGAAGGUAUGCAAAAUGAGCUAUUAACCUUACUAUCACCCAAUUGAUGAAA